GGCGGCCGCGCAGACGGGAGUGCGGGUGAUCAUGUGACUUCGGCAUGGCGGUGUUUGCAGACUUGGAUCUGCGAGCGGGUUCGGACCUGAAGGCUCUGCGCCGGCUGGUGGAAAACGCGGCUCACGUGGGCUAUUCAGUUGUUGCUGUCAAUCAUGUUGUUGAAUUUAAGGAGAAGAAGCAGGAGAUUGAAAAACCAUUAGCUGUUUCUGAGCUCUUUACAACUUUGCCAAUUGUACAGGGAAAAUCAAGACCUAUUAAAAUUUUAAGUAGACUGACGAUUAUCGUUUCGGAUCCAUCUCACUGCAAUGUUUUGAGAGCAACAUCUUCAAAAGUCCGGCUAUAUGAUAUUGUUGCAGUUUUUCCAAAAACAGAAAAACUUUUCCAUGUUGCUUGUACACAUUUAGAUGUGGAUUUAGUCUGCAUAACUGUAACAGAGAAACUACCAUUUUACUUCAAAAGACCCCCAAUUAAUGUGGCAAUUGACCGAGGUGUGGGCUUUGAACUUGUCUACAGCCCCGCAAUCAAAGAUUCCACAAUGAGAAGGUACACAAUUUCCAAUGCCCUCAGUUUGAUGCCCAUCUGCAAAGGAAAGAAUAUAAUUAUAUCUAGUGCUGCAGAAAGGCCUUUAGAAAUAAGAGGCCCAUACGAUGUGGCAAACUUAGGGUUGCUCUUCGGGCUGUCUGAAAACGAUGCCAAGGCUGCAGUGUCUACCAACUGCCGAGCAGUGCUUCUCCACGGAGAAACCAGGAAGACUGCUUUUGGAAUUAUUUCCACAGUGAAGAAACCUCGGCCAUCAGAAGCAGAUGAUGAUUCUCUUCCAGCCUGCAAGAAGGCCAAGUGCGAGGGCUGAGAAGAAUCCCGCGUCUUGUCAGCACUCCCUUACUCCUUUUGGUAGUCCAUUAGCCACAACAGAAAUAAAAGCUUUGUAUGAUU